CAGUCUAUCGCGCUCAUGUGCUGGAAAAAAUCAGAGACACUCAAAGGAGGAACCAAGGAGGAGAGCUUCACACACACACACAUACACACACACACACACACACACACACACUCUCUCUCAGGUAGACAGACAGAUGAGUGAAGAAGCCACAGACAGACAGACAGACAGAGGGCAGACAGCUGGAGGAGCAGAGUGAGAGUUAGUAAAGAAUAGACAGACAGACGGAGAGAGUUAGAGAGAGAGGGAGACAGGUGUUCUGUCUCUCUCUCUCUGCUGGAGCGAUUGUCACACUGGCCUCUGGAACCGCCAUGGCCUUCACCUUCGCCGCCUUCUGCUACAUGCUCACACUCGUCCUGUGUGCUGCACUCAUCUUCUUUGUCAUCUGGCAGAUCAUUGCAUUCGAUGAACUGCGAACUGACUUCAAAAACCCCAUCGACCAGAGCAACCCGACCAGAGCGAGAGAGAGAAUUCUGAACAUCGAGAGAAUCUGUAACUUGCUCAGGAGGUUGGUGGUUCCUGAAUAUUCUAUCCAUGGUUUGUUCUGUCUGAUGUUCCUGUGUGCUGGUGAGUGGGUCACACUCGGCCUCAACAUCCCUCUGCUCUUCUACCACAUGUGGAGGUUUUUCCACCGGCCGGCUGACGGCUCAGAGGUGAUGUACGACCCCGUCAGUGUGAUGAACGCAGAUAUUCUUAAUUACUGCCAAAAGGAGUCCUGGUGCAAACUGGGCUUCUACCUGCUCUCCUUCUUCUACUACCUGUACAGCAUGGUGUACGCUCUGGUCAGCUUCUGAUUGAUGGAGAGCAGACAAAAGGAGGGAAAAAAGACAGAAAGAAUGUGUGAUGUUCCGUCCUCCUCCUCGUCCUCAUCCAACAACAGAAAUGCCUGGAGACUCGCCGAGAUGCUGGAGGAGAGCGAGAGAGCGAGAGAGCGAGGAGAGACAGAGAGACGCGCGAGCAGCAGUGAUGUUUCAUAAUCGAGUUUUAUUUCUUUAAGGGCUGCUGAACAUUCCUGCUGCUCGGAGCGAGCCGGCGCAUCACCUCCACCGCGAUGAGACGUGACCAUCAUCUCCUGAUCAACAGACUCCAGAUUCAACGCCAUAUAAUAUCCAUUUUCAUUUGCUAAAAGACUUCAGUGUAAAUGAACUGCAUUUAGUUUAAAGUGUUAGAUUAGCGUGAGAGCUUUCACUGUUUUAGUCCAGUGGUAGAUUCUAUUUAUUUAUUAAUAUAUCAUUUUAUUCUGACUCUCAGUUGUUGUAUCUCAAUCCAGGGUAGAACCUACUCAUGUCCUUACACUGAGACAAACUGCACAAACUUUAUAUUUAUACGACUGGACGGCGACGGCGAUGUUUACACUGAGCAACCAAUGAAACGAGACAAUUAUCCAGGCCGGGAAAACUGUUCGGACCGUCUGUGGGACUUUUAAGGAGAGACUGGAAUCAUUCUGAGGAUCGGUGUAAAUAAGCGCGCACACACACACACACACACACACACUCUUGUCAGCCUUAUAGAGAAAAGCCAACGCCUCCGUAUCACUGUGGAGACGCAGCAGGUCCUCUGAGACCUUGUGGACAUUUCUUCCUGGACUGAGACGGAACCAGACAAACAGAAGCAGACUGAGUUGGGUUUAAACAGAGCGGUGGUGAGAAGGUAUAAGAGUGAGAUGACACGGGAGGAUGCAGUGUGAAGAUGAGACGGAGUGAAAUGUUCAUUAUGGGGUUUUUUAUUUCUGAACCGAGCUGGACGGAGAGACACGGGAGAGACCGUUUUUUCUUUAUGGAAAUUUUUUGGGAGAAACUAAGAUGGAGAGAAUGUUCUGGGACAGAAAAAAUUAAACACUUGGAGUGAAACUAAGACAUAGAGGGAGACAAAAUGUGAGACAGAGUAAGGCUGAAGUAGAUGAACCGAGACAAUGUGAGACAGGCUGAUCUAGACUGUGGUGACAGAAAGUGAGACAGGUGGAGACAAUGAUAAAGACUAACAAAAUAGUUAGAGGGCUGAAACAGACUGUGCUGACUGAGGGACAGAGUGAGACAGUAGGACAGGCUGAGAGAGUGAGACAGGUGCUGCAGAAGGUCCUUGAGUUGAAUAAGGGGCGUCCCCCCGCCCUGGAAUCUUGUCCGCUCUUAGGUUCGGAGCUGAACACACCAACACAGAGUAAUAAACGAGCUACACACAGGCUCGCUAACGAGCCUCUGGGCUAAUUAUACUCAAACUGAUAACUCUUUUUAAACUGCCUGGCUAGCAGGACUAGCUAAUCAUCUGAUCCCUUAUAAAUACAGCGUCCUCUUCACUGGGGACGUGUCUCUGCCUCAAGCCUCACUGUCUGAUGAAAACAUGCUCACAUUGACAGCAGAUGUGAGUACUGAAGUUAACAUGGACGGUGACGUUUGGGACGCAGCCCAGUCAGGUCAGGUGAAGAUGUGGAAAUGAUGUCAGAGCCGCUGAUGACAUCAUCCCUGGUGACGAUGAUGAUGUCAUUGUGUUACGUUGCUAAUCCUACAUUUGCCUAGUUGUGUGAACGGGACUGUGUGGAAAUAACACGGGAUGUUACUGUGCUAAAAGUGGCAUCACCACACACACACACACACACACACACACACACGUGCACUUCCUCUCUCUCUCUCUCUUUCACACUAUCCAAAAAGACAGACAGUUUCCAGAGGGUGUGUGUGUGUGUGUGUGUGUGUGUGGGAGAGAGAGAGACUUGAGUUGGACAUUUUGUAGUCUUUAUGUCCCUUGACAAUCGAACACAAGCUGAGGGAAAAAAGAUGGAAAGCCUUUCUGAUCUCUAUGACAUCAUCAGUGACCGUCUCAAAGCGCUGUUCAUGACAAAUGGGAAUUACAGUAAAGACGCGUCAAAAACAAUGUCCGAGGCAAACUCACACCUUCUUCCCAUCAUCCUCAGCUGAUGACAUCAUCAUCAUCAUCAUUAGUGUAGUGCACUUUAGCUUUUUAGUGAUUAUUAUUAUUAUUAUUAUUCAACUAUUAUUUCAUGAAAUUAUUAUAUUGAAUAUAUAUAAUCCGUAUAAACCAUCACCGUGGUCAGUGUGUCAGUGCGUUGCCAUGGAAACAGCUGGAGGAGACCAAGCUCAGACUCCCGUGUUUGCUGUAAUUCCACACGAGGUGAACGUGCUGUAAUGUGAACAUGGUGUAUUUAGGAAUAAUAAUUGUCUUUUAUACUCACUCUGUAUCGCUCAUCAGUGUGAAACUCAAAGCAAUUCUUCAUAUUCAAUAAAAUUUAUUCUUUCCUCAAACCUCACUGCUGAACCUCACUGUCAGUCGCCAUCAGCAGACAAGGAAACUAAACAAGGAACGUGUGUGUGUGUGUGUGUGUGUGGUUUUUACACCUGCUCAGUAGUUUUAUAUGUAUUUAGUUCCUCUGGAAUUGGUUUAUCUAAAUGAAUAUAAACCUACUGGUGAUUGAUGUAUAGGUCCUGGUUUGUAUCUUAAACAUCAUAUAGAGUCUCAAAGUCUCAUCUGUC